UGCGGGAAAGAGCCACAGGUCGGACUAAGACUACUUUGUACAUGGGGCGGCUGCUCUACCGACUGAGGCGGUUCUUGUGAUCAAUCAGAAGGUUGAUUUGGUCAUUUGAGACAUUGUUUUAUGAUGGGCUUUGAAGAGGCUCUGGGGGUCCCAUAGGUCCCGCAGGUCCUGUUUUGAGGAGUUUUAAGGGAUGCUAGGUGGUCAUCGAGGUUCUGACGGAAUUUGCCAUUUACAUUCCUACUACCUGAUUAUUUGACUACAGACUACUUCCUGUUUCUCAGUUUUAGAACGGAGACCUUGAGUGUUGAUGAUGAAAAUGUUGUGACGACACACAGUCUUUGUUCUGUGUUAAGCAUUAGCAUCGACCAGCAGCUUAUCAGUGUGUAUCCUGUUACAUCAGUUCACAUGUGAAGGACAGAACCUCGUGAACAUUUGUGAUGGGAAACUUCACCUGAACAGUGCUGGCUAAGCUGAUCUGGGACCUGCAGUCCUUCCUGUCUGUUCUGGACUCAGAGAAUCUGAGUUACAUCGCUCAGUCUCGGAAGAAAUCCAUCUCAGAGCUGCUGGUCAAACUGCAAACCAACGACACUCUUGUGGAAGAUGCUGAGUACAUGAUCAUGAGCUGUCCGUCACUGUCUCCUAGCAACGAGCAGAUAGACACACCUGGCACAGACGCUGUCCUGUCCUCUGAGCUGGUCUUAAAGCAGGACUCAUCUGUGUGGCUGAAGAAUGGGGGCCCUGUAGUGCCGCCACCCCUUCCUCCAGGAGGUCUAGAAGGUGAUGAUGAUGAAGAUACCUAUGAGGAGGCAGAGCCUUACAUCGCUGACACAACCAUGUCUAACACUGAGAAGGCGGACUCUGACAGCAGUCACUACGAAUCGUACGGGGACGAUGAUGAUGACGAUGAUGAUGAUGAGGGGCCUGUGAAGGACAGAGCUCACUACAUCCAAUGGAGCGCCUCCCAGCCCUGCUUAAGACCCGCCCCCGAGUCCCGCCUCUGUGGUUACCUGUGGAGGAGGAAGUGGCUCGGGCAGUGGACCAAACAGCUGUUCAUCAUCAGGAACGACGUGCUGCUGUGUUAUAAGUGCGCUCAGGACCUCCUCCCUCAGCUGGAGUUGAGCCUUAGAGGCUGUCAGCUCGUCUACAAGUCCAAGUGCAACAGGAAGAUCCAGCACCAGCUCAAACUGGUUCUGUUGGGUUCAGAGACUCUGGUUCUGGGGUACAGCAGCUUCCAGCAGGCUGAUGAGUGGAAGAAGGUGAUCGAGGAGGUGAGUGUCGGAGGCGACGUGGACUCACGUGGAUCAAAUCAGCUGCUGUCCUGCAGGUCCAGUACAGUCCUGAUCGACUCGGAGGAGCAGAAACCUUCAGCUUGCUGCAGCAAAGACAAAGGUGUCCUGAGCGUGAUGAUGAACUGUCAGUGGCAGAGUUUACUGUGUCGGGUGGAGGCCAGUCUACUCAACAUGUUCGGAGAGGAGGAGGAGGAGGAGGUGAAGAGGGAGCGCUCACCUCAGUACACCAUCCAGCUCAGAGGAUGUGAGGUCAGAGCCGGACCUGACACCGACCACUCCUACAGGAUCACACUGAGCAUGCUCGGUGACCAGGUGGCUGUGCUGGAGGUCAGAAGUUCAGAUGAAAAGGAACGAUGGUUGAAGCUGCUGCAGGACGGAGCUGCCAAUCACAGCUCCCAUGACAACAAGACAGAAGAGCACACAGGUGGAGCUCUCAGCGGGCUGCAGAUUCGAAAGUUUCCCACCUCCAACACUUACAUGGACGACCCCUUCCACCUGAGUGUGUCAGGCCGAGACCAGCCCAUCUACUCCAACACCUCCGUACUGGAGCACAUGCUGCACGGCUCUCAGGAUUUAGACUCAGACUCAGUGACCUACAGCAACACCGUCCUCACCAGACACAACAGGAAGUCGGUGGAGGUGGAGCGAGCCAUUCAGAAGCUUGAGUUGACGGGGAAAAGGUCAGUGCCACUGAGGGCGGGGUCAGAAAUCAACCUAACGUCUGCUGGGAAGCAAAACAAGCGCACCUCUUUUAGACAGUCGCUGGCCGUCUGUACUGAGCGCGCUCAGGUGGGCUUCCUGAACCCUCUGCUGCGACGGACCGCCUCGGCCAAAAACACUUUGAGACGAGCUCCUUCAUCACUGUUCAUCGAACAUGGGAAGGUUUUCCAGAGGAGGAAGGAGUGGGAAACUAAAGCUGCAGCCUGACACCGGCCGUCACAUCGAUCAUCACAUCCCACCACCAACUGCAGAUCCAAGAUCCAGCGACCGCAACACACCUGUGAACACGUUAUCACACACACACAAACACACUCACACUUUGUUUAUUAACACUAAUCUGGAUGCAUCCACUCCAAUAAACAGUAUUUCAUCCAUUAGAGUGCAUUGGUACUUCCUGUCUGUAGCAGGUAAACAACGUGACAAUAUGCUGAUUAUACAUACGAGCAGUGAAUGGGUGUGUGUGUGUAUGUAUAUAUAUAUAUAUCUAUAUAUCUAAUAUAUA